ACUGAAGCGGGGCACCCCGGCCAUGAGCGAGAGAGAAAGAGAGUAUCUCACUCCGUCGGCAUUGGCAGAGCUUUAUUACAUUAAUUGAUAUCCAGAAGGGUAGUUAGAGAUAGAUAGAUAUGCAUUCAAUUCCCAAAACCUCUCUUUUCCUUCCCAAUUCCAUACACAUGUUCAAAGUCCUUAUCUAUACAUACUCUAUCUACUUUACCCGACACAGAUCGUUCUGUCAUCGGUAACGGUUUCGGAUACUGAUGGCUUUGUUCGCAUACACUUGCUCCAUUUUUCUCACUCCUCAACUUCAAUUGCGCUCACGAGAAUCGACUCAGACUCGCAAGCUUUUCUUUGGUGCCCCGAUCACUCAAUCACUUCCCAGAAAAUUGAAUUCUCUAGCCACUGAUUUCCCUCGCUUUCGAUCUCGACUAGAUUUUCCUGUAUCGUCCUCAAAACAGUUGAUUGAGCGUUUGUUGAAUUGUGAGGACUUGACUGAAGAGGAGGCUGAAGCUUCCCUUGACUUCUUGCUUCGUGAUGCUGGCGAAGCGUUAAUUAGUGCUUUUCUUGUUCUAUUAAGAGCCAAAGGAGAGACCUAUGAAGAAAUCGUAGGACUAGCUAGAGCUAUGAUCAAAUGCUGUAGGAAGGUUGAAGGGAUGGAUAAUGCGGUUGACAUUGUUGGGACAGGGGGUGAUGGAGCGAACACCGUAAAUAUUUCGACAGGAGCCGCCAUACUUGCUGCGGCUUGUGGUGCGAAAAUUGCAAAGCAAGGAAACCGGUCAAGUUCUUCUGCUUGUGGAAGUGCCGAUGUUUUGGAAGCUUUGGGAGUAGUCAUUGACUUGGAGCCUGAGGGGGUGAAGACGUGUGUGGAAGAAGUGGGAAUUGGUUUUAUGAUGUCUCCUAAAUACCAUCCAGCGAUGAAGAUUGUUGCACCUGUGAGGAGAGUUCUAAGAGUGAAGACUGUAUUUAAUAUCCUGGGUCCAAUGUUGAAUCCAGCACGGGUACCUUUUGCAGUUGUUGGUGUAUACAAGGAAGACUUAGUCAAUAAGAUGGCUAAAGCACUGCAAAGGUACGGCAUGAAAAGAGCAUUAGUUGUUCACUCAGAGGGCUUAGAUGAAAUGAGUCCUCUAGGCCCCGGAGUAGUUCUUGAUAUCACACCUGAAAAGAUAGAGAAAUUUUCUUUUGAUCCAUUGGAAUUUGGUAUUCGUCGCUGCACUUUGGAGAACUUGAGGGGAGGAGGCCCAAAAUACAAUGCAGAGGUACUAAGGCGUGUACUAUCUGGUGAGAGAGGAUCCAUAGCAGAUUCAUUUGUCCUGAAUGCAGCAGCGGCACUAUUGGUCAGUGGACGUGUUAACACCCUAGCAGAAGGGGUAGCACUGGCACGUGAAACCCAUCAAUCAGGGAAGGCUCUCAACACACUUGACCACUGGAUUGAAUUGUCGAGGGUAGAGGUCAACGAGUCGUCCUCAUCGACCAUUGAAGAAAGGCCACUGAAGAUAAGCAAGAAGAGCUGCAACAAUUUCAUAAACUGUGGAAUGCCUAGCAACAACCAUAGUCCUGUUGUUGAAGAACAAAAGAGAGUCACACCCAGCGGCACAAAUCCACUCCACAACCGAUGAAUUCUCCAUCAACUUCUUCACUACUUUCUCUUUUAUUGUUUUAUCACUGUUGAGUGUUCCUGUGUUGUGCAUGAAACACAUUACUCUGAAAAACACUUCUCUACUUUAGUAACGAGUAUGAGUUCAAUGGCUAACUUAACAUGAUGGUGAUUUUUUUACAUUUUUUUGUAGUCGGCGAGAAUUUUACUCUUGAAGCUGUGUAUAACAUCUGUCACUAGGGAUUUAUUGAA